AGCGCUAAAGUGUAAUCAAUGCGCGUGAAUUAGCGAAGGAAAAAACACGCGACGCCGACGCGGAGGAAGCAGGCCGCAGAGCCGAGCCGUCUCAAAUUGAAUUGAAUUCCUGUUAGCAGGUCAGAAAAUGGCUUCGAAGCGGAUUUUGAAGGAGCUCAAGGAUCUCCAGAAGGAUCCUCCCACCUCUUGCAGCGCUGGCCCCGUUGCUGAAGAUAUGUUCCAUUGGCAAGCAACCAUAAUGGGUCCUGCUGAUAGCCCUUAUGCAGGUGGAGUCUUUCUUGUUACUAUUCAUUUCCCUCCGGAUUAUCCAUUUAAACCACCUAAGGUUGCAUUCAGAACAAAGGUAUUUCAUCCAAAUAUAAAUAGCAACGGCAGUAUUUGCCUUGAUAUCUUAAAAGAACAGUGGAGCCCUGCCCUGACUAUUUCUAAGGUAUUGCUUUCCAUAUGUUCACUGUUGACAGAUCCGAACCCCGAUGAUCCCCUGGUGCCAGAGAUUGCUCAUAUGUACAAGACAGACAAAAGCAAGUACGAGGCAACUGCAAGGAGCUGGACGCAGAAGUAUGCAAUGGGCUAGCUUGCUUUAUUGCUAGGGCUUUCUAAGAGUUUGGUCUUGUUACUAUAUCAAACGUGUUUUAGUUUCUCCCCCCUAUCCCUGUGAUUGACAUUUGUAGAACAUAAUUAACUAGUAUAAUCCAGAAGAGAAGGUGACCCUGUAGGUUGUUUGUGGAUUGAUUUGUAAAACUACCAAAAAAAAUUGUUGAUUAAUCUUUGUUGAAUAUAUAUAUAUAUAUAUAUAUAUACAUAAAUAUGUUUGUUUUUGAUC